GUUUCGCACGCAUCUUUCUCUAUAUCGAACAUGGACCGGCCUAUAUAACUAUCCCCCGCUAUUCUGGGCUCUCUUGCGUCUCUGCCUCCCCAUACUUCAUCAUCCUUUAAUGUCUGUCCUUGCCGCCACCUUUGUAGACUUUGCUUCUCGUGCACAUUCUUGCAUCGCAAGUAUCGUGCCUCUCUCGCCUGAAGAUCAGCCAGAAUCAGGCUCAUCUACGCGCUCUUUACCUUCAAACGCCUCGCCACGCCUCAGUUUGUCUAUCCCUACCAGAACAAACGAACACCUGGCUGUAUUACUUCCGAAAGACCUGUGGAAGCCCGAUUCUCUUGCUUCGAAUUGCGAUACCUUCUUUUGUCGUGUAAGAUUCUCCGUCCUCGAACGUCGUCACCAUUGUAGAAAAUGUGGUGGCGUCUUUUGCAGUCAGUGUACAACACGCUCCACUCCCCUACUUGAUGCCUCAAAUUUGGACUUCCUUCAUCCUCCUCGUAAUGUUCCCAUAUUUGAGUUCGAGUCGUCGUCAUCGCCUGUCAUCAUGGGCAAAGUCUGUGAUGGUUGUUGGGACCAGAUUCAUGGAUGCAGUUCUCCCAAGACUCCUGACCUUGUACCCUCUACGCCUGUCUCUGUACGCACAUCACCUUUCGUGUCGGGGACGUCUUCGCUCUCCUCCUCAGUUUGCGCUUCACCCAUCACUCACUCUGCCACCAUGACUCCAAUAAUACGUAUUGCACGGAGUUCAUCUCAACUAAGCAAUCGUAACACACUCUUCCCCUCGGCUUUGACGUCAUCUAUUGCCGAGAUGCCUGAACGUUCCUUUGGGGAACUCGAUGCAUAUCCCCUUCGACGCUCGAGUGCAAUAUGUAAAGCUACUGGCGGCGGCCGAUGGGAACCAAAGCAGUCGCCUCCAAAACAUGGUCUGCGUAUCCCCGGUUGCAAGGCCUCGUUUGAAUUAGAAAUGGAGCGUGAAGAGGAGGAACAACGCAGACGGCGCUCGAAUCCCAUUGUACGAGACGGAGAAUUCCAAUAUAGAUUCCAGGGAAUCCCCGAAUCCGUAGUCCUCGCAAGAAGCCCCUUCCAGCUGUCGACUUUCUGAUGUGGUUAUCUCCAUCCUCAUAACAUUAUUAAUGUUUAUAUUUGUUGUAAGCUCGUUGUACUUUUUGUCUUGUUGAUACCUCGCUGUUUGUUUGACUCUUGUGUGAUACCUUUAAUCCGUUACUCUAUGCACUCCGCAGAAUAUGUUUUCCAUUUCCUAUAUAUUCUAGCUAAAGUACCUCUGCGAGGGCUUUUGUCGAACUUUGACUGUACUGUAGUGUCUUAUGCUCCUAUCAUCGUGUACUUCAUACCCUUGUCUCGUCGUCGACUAGCUAUAGAUCCAUACCAUAUUCAUAUCAUACCCCUCAAGUAUAUAGUUCUUGAAUAAAACAUGUUUAGAAAAUUUGUGACUUG